AUGGCGCGGAGGCACACGGCCACGGUGGGAGGCGAUUGGCGGGGCGGAGGAGAUUCUGACGAGCAAUUGGAAGCUUCCCAGCGGUACGCCAGGUCCAGGUGGUACCACGCGGUGCUCGCCAUCAAGCGCCGCUGCUGCGAGCACCUCGACCCGCAGCCGAUAAACCCUUUUCUCGGCGUGCCCAAGUCCUUCCCCGGCGUCAAGCCGGAGUUCCGCGACGCACGCGCGCCCGCCUCCUCAUCGUUCGAGCCUCUCCUCCACCGCCGCGGGUCUCUGGAGCCAGACCGCCGCGCGGUCGUCCUUCUUAACAAGGCAGACCUGGUGGACCCAUCCGAAACCGAGGGGUGGGUGGCGUACAUCAAGAAGCAGAGGAGCUGCCCUUGCGUCGCGGUAAACUCACACAGCAGGGAAAGCAUCAAGGAGGUGCUGAAAGUCGUGCAAGCAAGAAUGAGGGAGAUCAAGCAUGGCGACUGCAAUUGCACGGGAACUGCCCUCCUGGUCGGGAUCCCAAACGUUGGGAAAUCGGCCAUUGUUAAUGUGAUGCAUCAAAUUGGGAGGAUUGCGGCAGCAGAGAAGGGGAAGCUCAAGCAUGCGAUUGUGAGCAGCCAUCUUGGAGAAACCAGAGACAUACGUGGAUACUUCUUUUCCCCAGUAAGUAUUUAUUCCUUGAUUUUGUUAGUACGGUGA